AUGGUUGCUGUUGCGGAUCGAAGCCUGGAGAUUGAUGCGUGGAAACAGGCCGAGAAUGACGAUGAAUCUACGCAUAGCGAAUUGCAAGACGAACAGAGCUAUCUGAGCUCUUUGACUUCGAGUGUUGUCAAUUAUAAAUAUGAGAAUGGUCGACGAUACCAUGCCUUUCGUGAAGGAAUAUACACACUCCCCAAUGAUAAGGAGGAGCAAGAUCGAAUGGACUUUGUACACCAUAUAUACCUUUUGCUUCUUGGUGGUGCCUUAUACGUUGCUCCAAUAUCAGACCCAAAAAGGGUUUUGGAUCUAGGAACAGGGACAGGUUUAUGGGUAAAUGAUUUUGCAGAUGAACAUCCUAAUGCUGAAGUAUUUGGCACGGACUUAAGUGCAAUCCAGUCGCCAUGGGUCCCACCGAACGUGAUAUUUGAAAUCGAUGACUACGAAACAGAUUGGUCAUACUCGUCCGGAUUUGACUUCAUACAUAGUCGUGAGCUAAUGGGCUUCAUCGGAGACCACGACCGCUUCAUGUCUCAGGCAUAUGAAAAUCUAAACCCCGGGGGGUGGCUCGAGAUGCAAACAACUGAUCCAACACUUUUCUCCGUUGACGGAGGUAUGGAGAGGGCCAAAAUACUGCCCAGCUACAUUGCAAAUCUGCAUAGAGCUAGUGCCCUGUUCGGUAAAUCCAUGACCGAAGUUAACAGCUGGCCCAGAAGGAUGGUAAGGGCCGGAUUUAAAGAUGUUCAGGUUCAAAUUUUGACGCUUCCAAUUGGUACGUGGCCAAAGGACCCUAAACUGAAGGAGAUAGGCAAGUUCCAGCAAGUGCAGAUUGCACAGGCUGUCGGUGCAUAUACCCCUGCCCUAUAUACCCGUGUGCUGAAAUGGACUCGGGAAGAGAUCAACGAUCUUUGUGCCAAGGUUCGAGCCGAACUUCAGGAUCGAUCCUUGCACCUUUACUUAAAAGUGCAUAUUGUUAUAGGAAGGAAACCAUGA